CACAUUCAUUGUUACUGAAGAUUUUCGAGUGAGCUAUGGGAGCGCGAUGUGGAGACCUUCGUUUGUCAUGCUUUGUCUUGGUGGACAUUGCGUUGAUAGUCCAGGUCCUCGCGAUCAGUACUCCACUUCCGAGCGGGAACACUACCAGCAGUAAUACAAGUAUCUCUGUGAUCAAUUACUCCACUUCCGAGCGGGAACACUACCAGCAGUACCACAUGUGUCUACUAAAACAGGUACCACAUGUGUCUACUAAAACAGUUCACUACUCCUCCUCCUCCUCUCUCGACUUGAAUACCACCAGCAGCAAUGGGAAUAUCAGCAGCAGCAAUGGGAAUAUCAGCAGCAGCAAUGGGAAUACCAGCAGCAGCAAUGGGAAUACCAGCAGCAGCAAUGGGAAUAUCAGCAGGGAUGCAAGUGGAACUAGUCCCACCGACAUCUACAAGACUAUCUACGGGGCCAAAGUUCCAGACAAACGACAGACGACGCAUAAUCAAACAGUAUAUUGUGAAGCCUAUGGGGCCGUGGUGUAUAAUGAAAAGUCCGUGUUCCAAACCACCUCUGUAACAUAUAGUCAGAUUAUCUGUGCUAACUCGACGGUACCCAUGGUAUUACUCAAUAGUACAAGUGAAAACUUCUAUCUUCUGACAGCAUACUUCCCUUACAGUCAUGCUCUCCUAAAACUUGAAGUUAAUCCUUGCGUAUUGGAUGGCCCAUACAACAUAAGUGGAAGCAGUUUGCUAAAGUAUAAUUUAACAGUCUCAAUGCUGUGGAGUGAUGGGCGAGCAACUGGGGCCGAUAUUGUAUGUUUGGUUACGCCGCCGACCACCACAACGCCAACCACGACCACCACAACGCCAACCACCACAACGCCAACCACGACCACCACAACGCCAACCACGACCACCACAACGCCAACCACGACCACCACAACGCCAACCACGACCACCACAACGCCAACCACGACGCCAACCACGACCACCACAACGCCUACCACGACCACAACAACGCCUACCACGACCACAACAACGCCAACAACGACCACAACAACGCCAACAACGACCACAACAACGCCAACAACGACCACAACAACGCCAACCACGACCACCACAACGCCAACGACCACUACAACGACCACCACAGCGCCAACCACGACCACCACAACGCCAACGACCACCAGCCACGACCACAGCCACCAACGCCAACCGACCACCACAGCGCCAACCACCACCACAACCACGACCACCACAACGCCAACCACGACCACCACAACGCCAACCACGACCACCACAACGCCAACCACGACCACCACAACGCCAACCACGACCACCACAACGCCAACCACGACCACCACAACGCCAACCACGACCACCACAACGCCAACCACGACCACCACAGCGCCAACCACGACCACCACAACGCCAACCACGACCACCACAACGCCAGCCACGACCACCACAGCGCCAGCCGACCACCACAACGCCAGCCACGACCACCACAACGCCAGCCACGACCACCACAACGCCAACCACGACCACCACAACGCCAACCACGACCACCACAACGCCAACCACGACCACCCACAACGCCAACCACGACCACCACAACGCCAGCGACCACCACCAGCAACGCCACCACGACCACCACCACAACGCCAGCCACGACCACCACAACGCCAGCCACGACCACCUACCACAACGCCAACCACGACCACCACAACGCCAGCCACGACCACCACAACGCCAACCACGACCACCACAACGCCAACCACGACCACCACAACGCCACCACCACGACCACCACAAUCUCACCAGGGUCAAAAAGCUACUUCAAGCAUCACACUGGAUGUAGUGAACGUCCUUGGACAGUCGAUUGCCGGCCCGAUACCUCUGGCCAGGAAGGUACAGCUGUUGGCGACAGCAAGUGGCGCGUCGUCGGAGCAGGGCUUACGGCCGGUGGCGUGCGAUGCCGUCUCGGCUGACGGACACAGAUACUCGGUGUUGCGAGCUGGAUGCGGGGAUGGGAUCAUUUUUGCUAAAAACCAAGGAUUUACCACCAAGGGAUUACAAGCAUUCAGCCCCUACUUCAAGACAUUUAAAAUUCGCAAGGACAGUAGUCUUAAGUUUGAAUGUAAUUUCACUCUGUGUGAUAGUGUCUGUGACGGAAAUUCUUGCAACAGAAGGAGAAAGAGAUCGGCUGAUAGUUUCCUGGCGGAGGUGCCUUCCCCUAUCAUGGAUCUUCAGCCCAGUAACACUCCGUCUCGGGAAUGGUUAGUCUUGCACGUAGCCUGUAUUGCUUGCUUUGUUAUGGUGAUGUCGCAAAUAGUUAUACUUGUUUUGCUGUUCUUUAGGCGACAUAAUGGGUGACCAUUCUAAGGCAAUAAAUACUCUCUCGAUUGAAA